AUGAAAACACACUUUAAAGAUUCUUGCAAAAGAACACAUUCAAAUAAAGUGAGCAUUUUACGCGAUGCCGAUUUCGGGAUAAAGUUCCAAUUUCAGCUUGGUAACUCCGAAAAGGAUUUUCAUAAUGAAAUUGCUGAGAGGAAAUAAGCAACAAUGCUCCUAAGUUUUUCCUAGAAGUUAGAGAGUGAGUGA